AUCUCCUAAAAAUAAAACAUAAAGUUUGACGCGAAGACAUAAUAAAGCGGCCACUGACACCCUAACCUUCUUCUCUUCUCUCAAACUAUCUGUCCUUUUUCUGUCUUUCAUCUUAACAACAUUCAAACUCGUGUUCCACUUUAAACUCCUCUAAUCUUCUCCUGUUGAUUCCAUUCAAUUCCAAUUGCCCCCCCUGAAUCCAUGGAGAACACAGUUGUUAAACUUCGAUGCCAAAGGAUUGGUUGCGAUGCUAUGUUCACCGAAGACGACAAUCUCGAUGGUUCCUGUCAAUACCAUGAUUCGGGACCUGUAUUUCAUGAUGGGAUGAAAGCAUGGAGUUGCUGCAAGAAAAAAAGUCACGAUUUCAGCUUAUUUUUACAAAUUCCAGGGUGUAAGAAGGGAAAACAUACGACAGAGAAGCAAGUAAUUGCACCGGCUAAGAAAAAGCCCGUGCCCCCUCCAACUGCAGCUGCAGCUCCCUCAACCAAUGGCUAUCCAUCGAUGAAGGACUCUUGUUCUAGGUGUCGGCAGGGUUUCUUUUGCUCAGAUCAUGGUUCACAAAGCAAACCUGUAACUAUUGUUGAAGAGAAACCUGUAAAUCUUGCUGGAGAUGCAUCUGCAGAAAACAAUUCAAGCCUUGAGGUUCCAAAACUUCCUAAAAAGAUAGUUGGUAUAAAUGAGCCGCAAGUAUGCAAAAAUAAAGGAUGCGGUCAAACUUUCAAGGAAAAAGAUAAUCAUGAAACUGCUUGCAGUUACCAUCCUGGCCCUGCUGUUUUUCACGACCGGAUGAGAGGGUGGAAGUGCUGUGAUGUUCAUGUAAAAGAAUUUGACGAGUUUAUAACCAUUCCUCCUUGCGCAAAGGGAUGGCAUAAUGCCGAUCCAGUGUCCUGAUUGGCGAAGAUACCAAUAAAGAGGUUCUCUAUCUGCAGUCGAUGUUUUCUUUUAUCGAAAUGGAAAAGGUGCUGUUGACUGAUAAAUUAAUUUGUCAUUAAUUAGAAUAACAUAACCCCCUUUAAAUUUAUGUCCCUCAUCCCAUUUCAAUUGGUCAAGCUCUAUAGUUAACCUUAAGAAGUCACUCCAUGAAAUUGCUGUGAUGGUGUAGGUCCUGUAGGAUGUGAAUUUGUUGUCAUGUGUUUAUUGAAUUUCACAAUCUUCUUUUGCAUGAUCAGUUUGGACUUAAUCUGGAAAAUGUACCAUGGUUUCGAACAUCGAACAUGUUUGUUUUGGUUUUAAAGAUAUUGUCCUUUUUUUUUAUAUAUAUAUAAGCAGAUAUUGUCCUUGUUAAUUGGGGACUUCAUUAUUCAA